UUCCUCUCUCACUCUCCAUCGACACGGCCACCUGUCUUUAUUCUCGUUCUUCAACUUCCUGUCAUCCCGCCAAUCCUUUGUUCGUAUACCGCCUCAGCUGUACUCCAUUGGACGACGCCAUCCCUGGUCACAUGCCCAACGUUCUCUAGCUUUAAUACCUUUCUGUCCCCUUGGAAGCUCAAGGCAUCGAGCAGCUCCUUUUAGCCAAGGCCACUCUAACCCCUUCUUCUUGAUCCAAAGGCCUUCUCCUGGACCUGAGGACCCUCUCCAAGGCCUUGUUCAUCCAACUAUGUUACCGACCCCUCCUGCGUCUCCCACACUCGAUGGCUUUUGCUCUCCAGAAGACCGCCUAGGCCAAGUCCUCGCAGGAAAGAUCCACUUGACCGGGAUCCUUGGAAUAGGUGCCUAUGGUGUUGUCUACACAGCCGUAGACAUCCAGACCAACGUUCCCUAUGCAGUCAAAGCACUCAAUAAGCGCGGUUUGGAGCCCCGCCAACAGAAAUUCCAGCAGAGAGAAAUCCACCUCCAUGUCAAGGCCAGCGCCCACCCCAAUGUAGUCUCCGUGGUGAAGAUCCUCGAGGCAUACGACUGCACCUAUGUGGUCAUGGAGUAUUGCCCGGAGGGGGACCUCUUCACCAACAUCACCGAGAGAGGUAUGUUCAUUGGCAAUGACGCCCUUAUCAGGAUGGCCUUCCUUCAGAUCCUGGAUGCCGUGGAGUUUUGCCAUUCGAACAGCAUCUUCCACAGGGACCUCAAGCCCGAGAACAUCUUGGUCACAGACCAAGGCAUGACCUGCAAGCUCGCCGACUUUGGUUUGGCAACUUCUGACCACGUGACCUCGGAUUUUGGAUGCGGUUCGACCUUCUACAUGUCGCCAGAAUGUCAAACUCCAACACCAAAGCCGUACGCCUGUUAUGAGACUGCGCCCAAUGAUGUAUGGAGCCUUGGCGUCAUUCUCGUGAACCUAACCUGUGGACGCAACCCCUGGAAGAGAGCCUCGUUCGAGGACAGCACCUUCCGCGCCUACAUGAGGGACCCAAGAUUCUUGAGGACCAUACUUCCUCUCUCCCCUGAGCUGGAUUCCAUCCUGAGGCGAGUAUUUGAAUUGGACCCUUCCAAGAGGAUCACCCUUCCCGAACUUCGAUACUUGAUCCAACAUUGUCCGCGCUUUACGUCCUCAAAGUCCGCCAUGGCCUCCCCCUUGCCUUCUCCGACUACUAGUCCUGUUGGGUUCGCUGGAGUCGGAGCUUCCCAAGCAUGUUACGGGGCCCCUGAAGUGCCUUCCAUGGCCCCGCUUCCUCCGCCAUAUGCGUCCCAAGCCGUGGAGGCCCCGUAUCAGAUCCAGUCUGCCUCUAAUGGGAGCACUGGUUCGGACAGUUCCGUCUUCUCUUCUUCCUCUUCCGUCUCGUCCGAUUCCUCUUCGUCUUCAUUCACCCACGUCAAUCCAACGCCACAAAAAGUUCCGGUACAGGCUGGCCAUUCGAUAUACGUUCCUCCUCCGACCCCUAAUGCUUGGUUUACACCUUUCUUCCAAGCCGCGAGUUUGGUCAAGCGUAGACACGCUUGCUUCCAACCGCCAAGGUUCCAUGCUCCGCUUUCUGCCUGUGGCUAAUCGUCCCGGCGCCAUUUCCUCUACCAGCUCGUAAUAGCCUUUUAUCUCUUGAAAGCUUACGAUGAGACGAUGCGGUUCUAUCUCACCCGGUGUUGGGCGGCUGUUGAUGGCGUUUCCUUCCACCUUAGAUUU